GUCCGUCCGUCCGUCCGUGCAAGCGAUAACUUGAGUAAAAAUAGAGAUAUCGUAAUGAAACUUGGAACACGUGUUCCUUGUGAGAGGGUUGCUUUUGAAAAUGAGAAAAAUCAGACGUGGCGUGGCAAUGCCCACAAAAACGCGAAAACCGAAAACACAUAAAGUGUCAUAACUAAGCCAUAAAUAAAGUUAUAACAGUAAAAUUUGGAAUAAAAGAUCGCUCUAGGAAGGGGCAUAUUUGGAUGUAAUUUAUUUGGGAGAGUGGGCGUGGCCCCGCCCCCUAAAUUUUGCAGAAGAAAUAGCAGAAAGAAGCUGCACUCAGAUUUUUUUACAAAAUGGAAAAUGGGCGUGGCAUCGCCCACUUAUGGGUCAAAAAUCAUAUCUCAGGAACUACUCGACCGAUUCGAAUGAAAUUCAGUAUAUAAUAUUUUCUUGACAGCCUGAUAACACGGACAAAAAAUGGGCGAAAUCGGUUCACAACCACUACUACUUUCCUUAUAACUCAAUUUUGAAAUCCAUCUUAUUCCUUCACUUUAUAAUGUAAACAUAAGGAACCAAUGAAGAUAACGGAAUAAAACUUAACACAAUUAGUGCAUAUCAUCUCUGGCUUCACUUGUGAAAAAAUUGUCGAAAACGGACCAUAACUUUUCAAGGCCCCAGAUAUCGAACAUGUUGAACUCAGAGCCUAAGGAUAAAUUUUAACCGAAAAUAUGGGUAAAUCUCUCAGAUAACUCAAUUUAAUUCAGAGGAAAUUGUUUUAUUCUAAUAGUGUGUCUCUGUUCCAAAAAUUAUUAAAAUCGGGUCAUAACAUUUCAUAUACCUCAUUGUAGGUUUUUCAAAAGUAUCUUCUCCUAGCUCCCAUAUACCUAAUUAUAGGUUUUUCAAAAAUACGGAGAGCUUUAUUUCGCAUAUAUGUAUUGGUUAAAUUUCUUCAAUAAAUUGCGAGAGUAUAAAAUGUUCGGUUGCACCCGAACUUAGCCUUUCCUUGCUUGUUUUUCAUUAUAUUUUGAAAUUAUUUAGUGGGACAUACUUGUAUCUUUGCGAAUUAAUUUAGUUCCAUCAACAUCUCUUUUUAUUGUACAUUUCACCAUAUCACAACUAAAAUACUCUUAUUUUAAUAUAUAUUUCUGAUCAGCAUCUCACAAUUGAAACCUUGUGGGGAGUACUAUUAAAUGAGUACACCUAUUAGUAUGAGAAAUACAGUCAACUGAAUAUUUUUAAUUAAAUAAUAGCGAGUGAUUUCACCGCAGGAUUCUAUCGAAAUGGUUACACACAUACAGUGGAACUUCCAUAACUCGAACUUCUAUAACUCGAAGAUCUCUAUAACUCGAACUUUUGUAUUAGUAAUAGCGUUUAGAAAUCAAAUUUCAUACAAAAUUCCUUCCAUAACUCAAACUUCCUAACUCGAAGUUCUCUAUAACUCGAACUCUUGAAUUGGCUAAGAAGUCAAAUUUCAUUUCUAUAACUCGAAGUUUUUUUGUGGAUUAUGGCGAUUCGAGUUAGAGAAGUUCUACUGUACUUACAAGUGCCUGAGUCAUUUUCAUAUUGCAAUUUGAAUAAUCUAUCAAACCAGCUAUUAUUACAACUGUACAAAAAUUGCAUAGGAGUAAUCAUUGAAAUGUUACAUUUGCCGUGCACAAGAUUGCAUCUGAACAUUCCAAAAUUGAAAUAAAAACUCUCAAGACAUUUGUUCUGUUAUAUAGGUAUACAUAACUCAUAUAUACUAUAAUAUGAUUAGUAAUAUUGGUUGUAGUGUUCGUUUUGAAUAAUGAACUACUGUACAUCGGCCAAAUAAAAAACACUAAUGAUUGGGGACGAAAUUAUCAACUCCUAUGAAUAUCCCUUGAUGUUCUGUAGUUAAAUAUGAAUGGAUGUGGUUGAUGACAUCGCUGUGAGUGUUAAAGAGAACCUAUUAUGAGUGUGUACUCCUUUAUGUAUGUAUAGUAAGGGCGUUUUUAAACAUCAAAGCGAUUUUACAGAUGAUUAAGCCGCUUUGUACUCAUAUAUCCGUGAACACACAUGUGCAUCAUAUAUAAAAAUAAAAUAUAAAUAGAGUUCAUUAUAAAUAUUUUAUUCCCCUUUAAAAUAUAUUCCAUUUCAACUUUAUGCAACAAAGGUAAAUUCACAUUAUUGAUAAAUUAUUGAUUAUAAAAUGAGUAUGAAACACAUAUAACUCAGUUGAAAGUUGAGUACCACUUUACAUAACGGAUUUUUUUACUGAAAUCGAAAGAGUCAGAUAAAUACUACUUUACUAUUGGCCAACCAAUUUAUUACGAGGUUAUUUCAUAACUAUGAAUAGAAAAGUACAAUUCAAUUCUCUAUUUCUGACUUUAUUAUCUUUUAGUUCUUACUUUAUCGAAGUUUUCGUUUGAUUAACACAAGGAAAGGUUAGAACAUUUCUGAAUGAAAUCUGACAAUUAACGCCAGGACAGACACCAGAUAAUGACAUGAAAAUAUUUGACGACUGAUUUGUUGGUCAAUCACUGUAUAGAUACUCUUAUUGGAACAUAUCGAACAUACAUGGAUUGAAGCUGUAUGCAGAGUUGAAACAAUUACGAUCUAUGAAACCUGUAACCAUCAAACGGCCGUUUUAAUUUCUUCAAUAUAUCGGGUAGCUCUCGGAAUUUUGUUGACUUUGUCAGUGACUAUUGCCGGUGGACAGCAUCACGAUCAGAUCUAUUAUGUCUAAAAAUCAUAUCAAUCGAAAACGAGAUUGUUAAUCAGCCCGAUUUUAUAAGAAUUUUUAAUUAUAAUAUAUUUGUUGGAUUAUUAAUGAUUUGUAAAAUAAUAAGGAUCAAAUAGUAUAUUUUGAAGACACUUAAUUUCAAGCAUUUGAUUUUGCUAAUAAAAUAUUUUCUAAAAGUUAAAAAAAACAAGACGAUAACCGUUCAGAGUAACUUUUACUGGUAUCGAAUGUUCCGUUAGAGAUUAUACAAUUACGAUUAAUCAACUUAGCUGCUUUUAUACUCUCACAACAUAUUGCACAAGAGUAUUAUAGUUUUGUUCACAUAACGGUUGUUAAUAUCUCCCAGAAAUAAAAGAGUUAGAUAUGGGGUUAUACAUAUAUAUAUAUAAAUGAUCAGGAUGACGAGUGAAGUUGAAAUCCGCAUGUCUGUCCAAAAUGGCGAAAACCGAAAACACAUAAAGUGUCAUAACUAAGCCAUAAAUGAAGUUAUGAAAGUAAAAUUUGGUACAAAGGAUCGCAUUAGGGAGGGGCACAUUUCGAUGUAAUUUUUUUAAGUUGGCGUGGCAACGCCCCCAAAAAGAUUUUUUGUAUAUAUCUUGCAAACCAAUUAAUUAAAUGGAAAAUGGGCGUGGCGUCGCCUACUUAGAGGUCAAAAACCAUAUCUCAGGAAUUACUCAACCGAAUUCAAUGAAAUUCGGUAUAUAAUAUUUUCUUGACACCUUGACAACACGGAUGAAAGAUAGGCGAAAUCGGUUCACAAGCACGCCAACUUCCCAUACAACUCAUUUCUGAAUUCCAACUGAUCCGUUCACUUUAUAAUAUAUACAUAAGGAACCGAUGAAGAUAGCGGAAUAAAACUUUACACAAAUUCUGUGUAUCAUCUGUGGCUUCACUUAUGGGAAAUUUUUGAAAUCGGACUAUAACUUUUCAAGGCCCUGGAUAUUUACAUAAAGAUCUCAGUGCCUAAGGGUAAUUUGCACCUAAAAUAUCGGCAAAUCUUUCAGAUAUUUUAAUUUAAUUAAGAGGACAUUUUUUUUCUUAAUUGUGUGUGUCUGUUCCAAAAAUUAUUAAAAUACAUAUGUAUACCUAAAAAACAUAUACCCUAGCUCCCAUAUACCUAAUUAUGUGCGGGCUUUAUUCCACAUAUAUCAUAUAGUCUUGUAUAUAGUGUUGCUUGGUGGGGAAAAUGAGUGAAAUCGGUUUAGGAAUUACAUCAGCCCUUAUAUACCAUAUAUGAUGAUUUUCGAUAUUCUAUAAGACUUCAUGCCGAAUAUAUGGGUCAAAUUGUGUGUUAUCUUAAAAAAACUAUAUCAAUAAAUUGAGAGAGUAUAAAAUGUUCGGUCACACCCGAACUUAGUCCUUCCUUACUUGUUCCUGUAUACGAAAUUAAACAGAUUCGUUUUUUUAAAGACACUUAAUUUCAAGCACUUGAUUUUGCUAAUAAAAUAUUUUCUAAAAGUUAAAAAAGUAAAGACGAUAACCGUUCAGGAUACCUUUUACUGGUAUCGAAUGUUCCGUUAGAGAUUAUUCAAUUACGAUUAAUAAAAGUAGCUGCUUCUAAAUUUAGGGUUACCUAUGUUAUGACAAAGUUACGGUUAUGUUCAGGGUUGUACAACCAUAGACUAUCUGUCUGUUGUGACAAUAUAGUUGCUAUGGUAUUUUGUUGUUGACAGUAAAGUACACUAUUAAAUAUUCUCACUUGCAUUGAGGAGUUCAGCAAAAUAGUUGUUUUUAAUUCGCAUUUAUAAAUUUAAUUUAAGUUGUUACAAUAAAUUAAUAUUUCUUUGGACAUGAACGAUUCAGUUGAGAGUGCAUCUAGUCAACGUUCUAAUGCACAAGCUGCAACGCUUACCACUGCCGCGCGACCUCCCACAUCACUACUCUUUUCACGUGGAAAUUUGGUUAGCAGCCGUUUGGGCAAUGACAGAAACACGACAGCACGUCCGUCUACAGCAGUUCGCGGAGUUGGUUACGCGGCAAAUUCAGCUGGUUCCACAGGACAACGAUUCGAUCAACUAUUUUUAGAAAAGGCCAAGCAGCAAACGCUUUCGUCUACAAAUGCUGCUGUGGACACAAAAAAGGAAGUCAAUCCUCAAGUUAAAUUUAAGCACCUGGAAUCAAAGAUCGUGAAACUACUCGAAGCUUCUAUCAUGUUAUCAGCAAAAAAUACAACAAUUAAUAACGGCACAUAUGCGGCUGAACAAAAGUCCAUUCUAUCAGAAGCGCUAAAUAAGGCUAAGGAGGCCUUUUCACUGGAUCGUACUUUACAUCAGUUUCGAGCUCAAUAUGGUGAAAACAUUUUCCACAAUUUCGAUCUAACUUAUGCGGUUUUCUUUAACCUGGCUGAGCAGUAUGAACGUAAUGAAAUGCACAUUGAGGCUCUCAAUACCUAUAGUAUCAUGACAAAGAAUAAAAUGUUCCCACAUGUGAAUCAACUGAAGUUAAAUAUGGGAAAUAUAUACUAUAAAAUGGGAAUAUACCCAAAGGCCAUCAAAAUGUAUCGCAUGGCUCUGGACUCAGUACCGCAUAAUUUGAAACAACUUCGACUUAAAAUAACACAUAAUAUUGGCAUCUUGUUUGUACGCAUGGGUCAAUACGUCGAUGCAGCGUCCAGUUUUGAAUUCAUAAUGAACGAACGCGCUGACAUACGUAGCGGCAUACACUUGAUCCUGUGUUAUUAUGCUAUGGGAGAUGUGGAAAAGAUUAAAAAUGCAUUUCGCAACCUGUGUGACAUUCAGCCGAUUGAAAGCGAAAAUGAUCUGGAAAUGGAGAACAACAUGGUCAAAAUACAACAACAUGCCACUGUCGCUGGUUUGGGUACAGAUACUGACGAACAGGAGCGUAAUUCGUCUGAUUUCCAGCAAGACAUCACUGCUUCGCUUGACCAAGUUAUGAAUGCUACAGCAAUUGAAAAUGUGGAGGGUGACGUUAAUGGCACAAGCAGAAAGAAUCCCGAUGCAAACAGGAAACGUUAUGUUAACAAAGCGCUCAAAUCUGACGAACUGGCUGGCUACAUCAAACAGCGGCGAAAUAAUGACAAACGUGGCAUUACCAUAAUUGUAGAUUUAAUAUCGCCAAUUAUCGAGGAAAACUAUAAUGACGGCUAUAACUGGUGCAUUGAAGUGAUAAAAACGUCAAGUUUGGCUUGGCUUGCAAACGAAUUGGAGUUAAAUAAAGCAUUGGUUUACUUGCGCCAGAAUGAAGUCAGUCAAGCCAUUGAAACAUUGCAAAUGCAUGACAAAAAAUCCGAAGAAUCAAUGACCGCCAGCGCUCUGAUAAACCUAUCCUUCAUAUAUAUCAAUUUGGGCAAUUAUGAUAUGGCAGCACACUGCAUAAACCAAUUGAAUGAAUUUGGAGUCUUGCAAAAUAAUGCCAUGUCAUUGGUUAAUGCCAGCAUUAUCGAUUAUGAGCGAAAAGAUUAUGAUGCAGCGCGAAAAAAGCUGGAACGAGCUCUCCAAAUACAGCCGGACAAUUUUGAGGCUAACUACAAUCUUGGUUUGGUUGGCUUACAAGAGAAUAAUUUGAAGAUGGCUGAGGAACAAUUUGAACAUUUGAAAACCGUUAUGAUGGUACCGCAUUCAGUUCAACAUAGCCAUGUUUAUUUUCAAUUGGCUAAACUACAGGAGAAGUUUUCCACUAAUUCGUUGCCUGGUAGCAGUUUUCGCCAUACUGUAACACCAGCCGCCUUACAGUCCUAUCUACAAGUGCUGGGCAUCUCGGCGGCCGAUACCGAUUCCCGACUAUUCGACAAAGUUGGAUCCAUAUACGAGCAAGUGCAAGAUCACCAAGAAGCGAAUCAAUAUUAUAACGAGGCAUACCGCAUUAAUCCAAGUGAUAUAAAUACUGCCAGUUCCAUUGGUUCAUAUUAUAUCAAAUUACAGGCUACAGAGAAAGCCAUAUAUUAUUAUGAGCGCGCGGUACUUGCCAAUCCUAAUGAUCCAAAUCUAAUGCUGCGUGUCGCCAGCUGUUUUCGUAAUUCCUACUUGCCUCCCAAACAAUAUUUGGGUAUCUUUGAGAAGAUCUACAACCGUUUCCCCGAUAAUCUAACGUGUGUUCGCGCAUUGGUACAAGUUACAAAAUCGAUCGGUUUAACGGAUUUACAUGAAAAAUACACCCUCGAAUAUACGCGUUUGCACAAAAUAUUGACGGAACGACAAAAUGAGCAACGCUUUCAACAGCAAAGAUUUUCCUCAGCAUCAUCCAACAGAGGAAGUAGUCGAUUUAGAGAUUCGAAAAAUAACAUAGAAGAUGCCACGUUGAGGAGAUUUGUGGAAGACGUUGAAGCCAAAACCUUAACGCCCACAUUCAACGGGGAACAAUAUGUGCAAAGUUCAAAUUCAAAUAUUACAGGUAUUAUAGCAACACACCACUUUGAUCCUCUGGGACCUCCUGCUGAGAGACCACGUACUGGAAUGGCGGGCGUAUCUCAAGAACAUGAAUCAGAUGACGACGAGAUUAACACUGACAGUUUGUUGCCCAUAUAAAGACAGACACUAAGAGCUCAAUAAUGCGAAUAUGUUCAAAACGUGUUUAGCAUGUGCGAAUUAUACAUACAUACAUAUGUAGUAAUUAUAAAAUUAAAAAUAAAAUAAUAUAAAUCCCUUACAAAGGAUAGACCACUUUCACCAAUUAAAGUAAUAGGAAAUUCAAGAUUUUGCAGUGGGUACACUCGUAAAGAAAGUAAAUAAUCGCGGAAAAGUUAUUCUCUUUUAAGAUUACACAUGCACCUCGAAAAAGUACAUUUUUUAAUUUACUUUUCAGAGAGUGUGAUAAAAAUUCGAAACGAAGCAGCGUUUUUUACGAUGUUACAAAAACACUUACUCUCUUGUUUAUCGCGUCUUUUUAGUAAAUAAACUCUUCUACUUGAUCCACUGGUUUAAAAAUGAAAACGAUGCAAAUCAGGUGUCAGACUUUUUGAAUUGGCGUACAAAAAUGGUCAGAAAAUAUAUUGCAAAAGAAAAAAAACAAAAGAAUAUUCAAGAUUUUUUCUCUCCAUAGUAAAUACAUAUGUAUGUAUGUAAAUGUAAAUAUGUUUUUCAUGUAAAUCCAUAUGUUUUAUUGAAGCAAAUGAAUGGAUGAAUUUUUUAAGUUUAAAAAUGCAUUUAAUAUUAUAAAAACAGAUAAUUUAUGAAUAUAUUUGGAAAAGUAAAUUAU